CAUUUGUACAGUAAUAUCGAGCAAAUUAUUAUAAUUAAUUAUUUCAACAGAAAAGGAGAUUCACGCAUACAAAUACUAUUAUUGUUGAAGAAAGAUAACUCUUCAUUAUUAAACAUCCAUGUAAAGAAUUUACCAAUAAACAUUACCUCUUCCAUGAACAAUUUCUAGGAAAAAAAAGAGAGGAAAAUAAUGCUUUAUAAAACUGAUGCAAGAUGGCAAUCAAGAAGGAACAUUUUGAUGAACAAUUUCCAGGAAAAACACUCAUUGUUUGGAUAACAAGUAAGCUGAUGAAGGUAGUCUCUAAAAAACAAUCAAACAUACAUGUAUUUAAAAUGAUACAGAUGCUUGUUAACUAGUCUAAUGAAUAUCAUCUUCCUUUGAAAUAAAUGUGGUAAAAUGAAGGAAACAGGAAAUAAGUCUCUACAGUCUGAUUAAGAAGGCAUGAGUAUAGACCUUUACUCUAUGAAACAGAAAAAAUAUAUUUGAGAUGGAAUCUAACAAAACUAAUAAUCCUUCUGAUUUAGGAGACGCAAAUCCUUUGAGCAGAAACAUUCAAGAAAUAGAUUGCCAAAAUGUUAGUGAGAAAAAUAAUGUCAAAGAAAAGAGUGUUAAAAAUGAUGACAUAGAAAAGAAUGUAAAAAAUGAUGACAUAGAAGAGAAUGUGAAAAAUGAUGACAUAGAAAAGAGUGUGAAAAAUGAUGACAUAGAAAAGAGUGUGAAAAAUGAUGACAUAGAAAACGUUUUGAAAAAUGUUGACAUUGAAAAGAGUGUGAAAAAUAUUGACAUAGAAAAGAAUGUGAAACAUGAUGACAUUGAAAUGUUUGUGCAAAAUGUUGACAGAGAAAAGAGUGUGAAAAAUGAUGACAUAGAAAAGAGUGUGACACAUGAUGACAUUGAAAUGUUUGUGCAAAAUGUUGACAUAGAAAAAAGUGUGAAAAAUGAUGACAUAGAAAAGAGUGUGAAAAAUGAUGACAUAGAAAAGAGUGUGAAAAAUGAUGACAUAGAAAACGUUUUGAAAAAUGUUGACAUUGAAAAGAGUGUGAAAAAUAUUGACAUAGAAAAGAAUGUGAAACAUGAUGACAUUGAAAUGUUUGUGCAAAAUGUUGACAUAGAAAAGAGUGUGAAAAAUGACCAAGAAAUCAGUGUGAAAAAUGAUGACAUAGAAAAGAGUGUGAAAAAUGAAAGUCUGCAAGAGGGUUUGAAAAUAGAUUUCCCUGAAGAGACUGUAAAAAUCAAUAGCAUAGAAAUGGGUGUAACAACAGUUGAACAAGAAAAGUGUGUGAAAACAGAAAGCGAAGAAAAGGAAGAAAAAAUUGCGGAAAUUGAUGGUAUUGAAAAAAAAGUGAAACAAGAUAAUAUUAAAAAGAAUUUAGAAGAUGAUGACCUAGAAGUCAUUUUGAAAAUGGAUGACAUAGCAAAUAGUGUGAACAAAUAUGACGCAGAAAGGUUUGUAAACAUAGAUGGCUGUAUAAAAAGUGAGAGUAAAAAUGGUCCAGAAAAGAGAGAGAAAUUUAAAUCCAGAUUCUGUUGCAGAGUUUGUGGCAAGGGUUUCCAAUAUAAAAGUCAGCUUAAAAAGCAUUCUCCAACUCAUUUCGAUAAAAGCUCGCGUCCAUAUAAAUGUGAAUUCUGCCCGUACUCUUACACUGUACCAUCUAGAUUGAAAGCUCAUAUGACCAAGCAUACAGGAGUUAUCCCACUUGAUUGUACCUACUGUAGAGAAUCCUUUACUGAGAAGGUGAAAUUCAUACAGCACAUGAAGCUACAUGAUCAUGAAGAGAAAUACUUUUGUACUCUUUGUGACAAACGGUUUAAGAAUAAUUGUCAUCUAACAAGACAUUAUAAGGGGCAUUUUGAACCAAGAAAACAUAAAUGUGAUAUAUGUGAACAUACCUUCCUUAGUAGGACUCAUUUACAAAGGCAUAAAAACUCAGUUCACCAAGAAGCGGAAAGAAAAGUAUGUAAGUUGUGUAAUAAAACCUUUUGUGGCAUUGAAUCGUUAAAGGGCCACUUACUGCGCCACAGAUCAGAAAGAGACUACAUGUGUGACAUGUGCGGUAAAAUGUUUAAAACUUUUCAGGACGUAAGGAAACAUAUAAAAUUUCAUUUGGCAACUAGACAUAAUGUGUGCAAGGUGUGUGGCAAAUCAUUUUCUUAUGAAGGUUUGAAGACACAUCUACAAACUCACAUAGCAAGAGAGAGGACAUUUAAUUGUGAUUUGUGUGGCAAAGAUUUUAUGAGUCAUCUCCAGCUUAAAAGUCAUAUCAAAUUGCACGCUGAGCAAGAAAAUACAAAAUGUAAAUUGUGUGAGAAAUCAUUCAAGAAACAAUAUAUAAGCAAGCAUAUGAAAUUCCAUUUUGAAGGUCGACACAAGUGUGACCUUUGUGGAAAAGUAUUUCAUGCCCCAGCAGAUGUAAGGCGGCACAUGGUUAUACAUACCGGAGAAAAACCCUACGUUUGUGAAUAUUGUGACAUGGCGUUCAAUUGCAGCGCAAACUUGUCUAGACACAAGAGGUAUAAGCACAAUGACGUAAAAAACUAUGCCUGCUAUAUUUGUAAUGUAAACUUUAAAACUAUAGAUGGCCUUCAUACACACGAAAAAUCAAAGUUUCAUGAACGAGCAAAGGGCUUGAUUAGUAAACAAUGACCAACUAUUUUUAGAGUAACAUUUUGUUUAGCUGUUUCAUUAAAUACAGGCCCUUUGAAGUUUUUCAAGUUUACUUAAAAAUCUUCACCAGAAAAACCACAAACCUGCUAGGAUUGUUC